UUCAACCGCCAAAAGAAAAAAAAAGGGAGUGUUUAUGUAUGUACAUAGCUGUCAACGUCGAUGGCCGUAUAUCCACGCUCUUCUCGAUAAGUACGAAACUCAAAGACUCUGUCUUCUCUUCCUCCUUUGAUCACAUUCUCUCCUUAAAGGCUUAAAUCUAAUCUCCAUAUCUCCUGCCUUCAAUGAUCACACUGACCGCCACUUCACUUUAUCCUUCUCUAAAACCUCCUAACUUAAGAUCACCACUUGCCAAGCUAAAACCAUCUCAUUCCCAUCAACACUGUAAAACCCUCGUCAAGGGGGAGAAGAUUGACAGGGGAAAAUGCAGGGCACAGUUAUCAGACGACACCCCGUUUGCUGCGGCUAUAGGUUUGUGUAUGCUGAGCUCUUUGCUGUUGCCAAAUACAGUUACCAAGGACGAGGAGGCGGAGUGUUAUUCGGGGAUUACUACAACUGAUACGAGAUUUGCUGUUAUGGGUGUCAUUAGUUUCAUUCCUUACUUCAAUUGGCUUAGUUGGGUUUUUGCUUGGCUUGAUACUGGCAAAAGAAGAUAUGCUAUUUAUUCUCUAGUCUACCUGGCUCCUUAUUUGAGAUCAAAUAUGUCCCUGUCACCUGAAGAGAGCUGGCUGCCAAUAGCUAGCAUUAUUUUCGGCAUUGUUCAUGUUCAGCUAGAAGCGAGCAUAAAAAAUGGAGAUAUUCAUGGAUUUCAAUCAUUUAGUGAAGCAGCUAAGUUUCUACCCUCAUUGACAAAAAAGAAAGAUGUCAGUUUGAGGGAGCAUCAGGAACCAUCAAAGGAGGAGAAAGAAUGAGAACACAGGAAUCUGCCAUCUGCUGACAAGCAAUCAAGAAAUGAGAUUUGGCAGUGGGGAGUCCCAAGAGAUCACUCAGAAAAUCAAGCACACUUAAAUGGAGGUUGGGAUGAUGAUGGUGAGCAGGGGGAACAAUAGAACAACGGCUUUAUGGUUAAUUUGGCUUGGUUAAAUAGAUGUUCUUUUGAUAAGAAUGAUCUGGAAGCGUAUUUUUGGCCUUGGAUUUGGAGAUGAAAAGGUAGAGAUAGUCCCAUGUUGAUAUUUUUAAUCAUAUUUUUGGAACCCCAAAUUUCCAGAUAUAAGAUGGCAGCCUGACUAGUUAAGCGAGCGUGUCACACACAAGAUUAAUUCUCUAAACUCUCUUGGGAAUUGUUCACAAGUGACAAUGGCAAGAGUAUACUGUUUGC